AUGCAACGUUCUUUUGGGUUGGGUGAAUUCUAUGAACCUUUAAUCAUUGCGGAAAAAAGAAUUUGUCCAGCCAAACAGCGAAAAAAAAUCUCUAAAAAAAAUUCUCAAGAACCUACCGAUUAUUUUAAUCUUCCUGGCAUUAACUUACUUUCCAAAGGUCGAGAGCUAGUAGAAAAGAGAAAAUUAGAUGAAGCAGAGGGCGGUCAAACCUUAGCCCUAUUAGAAAAAGUUCUCAAUGAUUUUGGUAUUCAGGGGCAAGUUAUCAAUAUCUGCUAUGGACCAGUAGUAACUUUAUAUAAAUUUGAACCACAAGCUGGAACAAAAUCUGCAAGAGUAAUCGGUCUUGCUGAUGAUAUUGCGCGGUCAAUGAGUGCACUUUCAGCUCGCAUCUCAAUAAUUCGCGGGCAAAACGCUAUGGGAAUAGAGUUGCCUAAUAAGGAAAGAGAAAUAGUAAUGUUGCGUGAUUUACUUGAAUCAUCUGAAUAUCAAAAUUCAAAACUAAAUCUUCCCAUAGCCCUUGGCAAGGAGAUAAGCGGCAAACCCGUUAUUGCAGAUUUAACAAAAAUGCCUCACUUGCUUGUUGCAGGUACCACGGGAUCAGGUAAGUCAGUGGCAAUUAAUACUAUGAUUCUUUCACUGGUGUAUAGAUUAAGUCCCGAUGAAUGCAAGAUGAUAAUGAUAGACCCUAAGAUGCUAGAACUUUCCAUAUAUGAUUCAAUACCGCACUUAAUUGCACCAGUAGUUACAGAGCCAAAAAAAGCUAUCAUUGCACUCAAGUGGGUGGUAAAAGAAAUGGAGAAUCGCUACCGCAUGAUGUCAUACUUAAACGUGCGUAAUAUGGUAAAUUACAAUCAAAAAAUCACAGAAGCUAUGGGCAAUGGAGUAGAACUGAAACGUCUUGUACAGAUUGGUUUUAACUCAACAACAGGUAAACCUAUAUUUGAGAAGGUAGUGGUGAAUAUGGAAACUUUUCCUUAUAUUGUAGUAAUUGUUGAUGAAAUGGCGGACUUGAUGAUUGUUGCCGGCAAGGAGAUAGAGUGCUCUAUUCAACGUUUAGCUCAAAUGGCCCGUGCUGCAGGGAUACAUAUAAUAAUGGCAACUCAACGUCCGUCUGUUGAUGUUAUAACUGGUGUGAUAAAAGCAAAUUUUCCAACUAGAAUUAGUUUUUCGGUUACUUCUAAGAUAGAUAGUCGUACAAUACUCGGUGAACAAGGUGCUGAGCAACUACUUGGUAUGGGUGACAUGCUGUAUAUGGCGUCUGGUGGAAAAAUCAUCAGGGUUCACGGUCCAUUUGCCAGCGAUGAAGAAGUACAAAGUGUAGUUGAAUAUCUUAAAGCACAGGGUGAGCCAAAUUAUAUGGAAGAAAUCACUAAAGAAGAUGAAAAUUUUCCAUCAGAUGGAGGUGAUGAAAUGCAAUGCGAAGAAAAUGAUCUAUAUAAUCAAGCAGUGUCUAUCAUUCAAAGAGAUCAAAAAAUUUCAACCAGUUAUAUUCAAAGGCAACUGAGAAUAGGUUAUAAUAGAGCGGCAAAUAUUGUUGAGAGAAUGGAAAAAGAAGGAAUAGUUAGCCCACCAAAUCAUGCCGGAAAAAGGGAGAUAUUACACACAUGAUAGGCUCCGUCAAGACCGGUUUGUGGUAAUAGGAAGGAGUAUAUCGAUAACAAAACUGCAAUCGAUAUACAUGCAAUUAAAUACUCUUAUUUCUCCUGCCUGAAAUAUGCUAUUCCUCCAUCAAUAGAGUUAAAAAUAUUGCAGUAAUUAAAAAGAGAUCAUACAAUG